UUUAGAAAUGUCCUUGUGGAUGUAUCAUAAGUAAUUUGAUUUAAGUUAAUAUGGGUCGAUUUGUCUUACCUUUCUCAGUUUGUUAUUAACACUGUUAUAUAACAAUGUUAAUAACAUCAUCUAAAAUGUUGUGAUUUGGGAAUUGUGUAAUGCUAUGGACAUGUUUGUGCUGUGUGUAUAUGUGUGAAUGUGUGCUGAGUUUCAUUAGUGGAAAGUUGUGCCUUCACUUUCUAUGUCACUGGGAGUCGCCACAAAGGGGAGGGACUUAGGAACCAAGGAACAAUGCUUGUGUUUGUGCAACGGCCCCUGAGUGGCUAAGCGACUGGCUCUGUCGGAUCUCUUGACUAUAGCUGCACACAUUGUCAGCAUGCAUAGGGGGAAGUGGACAGCUCGAUCCGACUGGUUAAUGCACUGACAGAGCAAGUUACAGGGUGAUUCAUUUUUACCAAAGAGUGGCUGUUCUCACAGAAAGCAAUUGUGUAAAGGCUGGCACACUGUGCCAGGAGGCUGGCCGAGUGGGCCCUCAAAGGUUUGUGUUGAAACCUUUGCAGCUUAGAGAAAAGAAUUGGAGAAAAUCAGUUAAAGUGUGGCCAAGAUGGCCGAGCAGAAAGUCAGCCUCCCUGCUAAGCUGAUUAACGGGGGUGUGGCUGGACUAGUGGGCGUGACCUGCGUCUUUCCCAUUGAUCUCGCCAAGACCCGCCUCCAGAAUCAGCAGGGUUCCCGUGUCUAUAUUGGAAUGCUUGAUUGUUUGGCAAAGACAAUAAAAAUGGAGGGCUACUUUGGGAUGUAUCGAGGUGCUGCCGUGAAUCUUACACUCGUCACUCCAGAGAAAGCAAUCAAACUGGCUGCCAACGACGUCUUCAGGCAGAAGCUCUCCAAAGAUGGAAAAUUAGCUCUGUGGGGAGAAAUCCUUGCGGGCUGUGGGGCUGGAACCUGUCAGGUGGUAGUCACCACCCCCAUGGAAAUGCUAAAAAUACAACUUCAGGAUGCUGGCAGGUUGGCUGCUCAGCGGACUGUCACUGCCUCUGCCUCUGCCUCUGCCACUUGUCCGACCGCCUCACUAGUUGCCUCUCAGGCAGCCCAACCAGGCACCAAUUCCCCACCUCGACCAUCAGCGACCCGUAUCACUCUGGAUCUUCUUAAAUCCCAAGGCCUCAGAGGUCUUUAUAAGGGGGCGGGAGCUACACUGAUGAGGGACGUUCCCUUCUCCAUUAUCUACUUCCCACUGUUCGCCAAACUCAACGCGGUGGGCCGGACUGAGGAUCGCCAUAGCAACCCCCAGAAGCAGGCCCCCUUCCUGCAGUCUUUCGUGGCUGGCUGCAUGGCCGGAUCAGUGGCUGCAGUAGCUGUCACUCCCCUGGACGUCAUAAAGACCCGUCUGCAGACCUUACAGAAGGGAGAGGGAGAGGACUCUUAUAGAGGCAUCAUUGACUGCACACAGCGCAUUUUAAAGCGAGAGGGACCAGCCGCAUUUCUCAAAGGAGCGACGUGUCGAGCAUUGGUCAUCGCUCCACUCUUCGGCAUCGCCCAGGCCGUAUACUUCUUGGGUAUUGGUGAGCAUGUGCUGGGGUUGCUGGGAUAGCAGCAGGUGAUGUCACCUCAAUCAUCAAAACACACUGUACUGUUUCUACAAAACGUACAAAAGGCGAGGGAGAAAGAUGAGAAGAAAGGAAGGGAAAAUAAGAGAAAAGAUGUGGAAAGUAAAAAGAAAAGAAGGUCCCAGAUUUCAUUUGAGAUGUAAAUAAAAGGUAAAAAUGGAGUGAAAUUAAUUUACCCAACCAAUGGAAGUUCAAACACUUUGGGAGAAACAAGGAGGGUUGUUUAAUGCUAACAUACAUUAAGACCCGGUAUUGUAAACUAACCAUGUUUAAGUAUCUAAAAGCUGUAAACAGGGUUCUUUAGGUAAGACAGGGUCCUGUUAUGACCAGUCUGGCAGGGUUUUUUGUCCACAGAGUUGAAUUAUAUUAUUUUGUAAUGAUUCUGGACUUUUAUUUGUUUUUGAAGUGUGUAAUUUUUUCGAUGUUAAUGCCAGUUUAAUAUGCAGACAACUUUAAGUAAGCCAUUUGUAGGUUGAUUGCAUGAAAAGUGUCAACACUGCAAGCUUUGUGGCGCUUUCAAAGCAUUGCUCUGUUUGUUUGAGCAUCCUGACCAGCCAGACACAGCAACAUUGGCUCAACCAAUGGUGUGAGUUUAGGGCGGAGCUACCUGUUCUGUCCGACCAAUGGCAGACUGGGGAAGGUUCUAAUUGAAAAACAUCAUUAUUCUUGCAAGAGAGCAACAGUCUUGUUCCGGAAGUAAAAAUACCAGUCAUUUUUCUCCGUAGGGGAAUUUAUUUAAAAAAAUAACUAAUAAACCUUUAUUAAUAAACUAAAGACAGUGAGCACUGAGGUUGGUAAUCAGUGGUAUAUGCUUGCUGCUGAAGCUAUCAGUCUGUAUUAUUUCAAGUAAAAAAAAAAAAAUAAAAAAAAAAAAAAACGUUUUAAAUAGCUUAAUUCCAGUUGAAGAAGUACACUACCCAUGACCCUGAAAAUCCACCAAUCGGAGAGUCAUGACAAACAAACCACGGCACAAGAGCUAUGCAGUGACUGCCCACUGCAUGAUGCAGUGUGGAUGACGCAACCGUCUCCCUACACAAUAUAUUUGUAUAUUAACUUUAAAUCUAUAUCUUUAUAGUUUUCCAUAAUUUUUAAUUCGAUAAUAUAAUUCACGAUGCCUCAUAGGAUUGCAUUUCAUUACCUCAUAAAAGACAUUAAAGCUAUGUUCAGGCUGUCAAUCCAAAUCCAGUUUUUUUUUUGUGUGUGUAUCUGAUCAGAAUCCGAUCUUCAUGAUUGACUGCCUGCACUGUAUAUUGCAAUUGAUCAGAAGCGAUUUGUGUGUCCAGUGGCUAUCUUCAAUUUCUGGCAUAUCUGCAUUGGUUACUAUAGCAAUGUUGUUGCGUAAGUAUGCAAAAAAUCAAUAUGGAGGGAAAUGGAAUAGAGAUGUUAGCCAAUACCAUGGCAAUGUGUAGCUGCUGUGCUGGAUUUCGCCUUAGGAGGCAGUGACAGAGAUGGAGGAGGCUGGCAUAUGGCACUUUAUUUCAUGCUGUCGUCUCCGCCGGUAUCAUAGUUCAAAGCAAUGUGUGGUCCAGAAUCAGACAAACCCAAGUAGGCAUAGCUGCAGGCCAGAGAUCUCCAAAUGGGGGUGGAACUUCCAAAAAGGGGGCGUGAUUUCUCUAGAAAAGGGGUGUGGUUACUCCAAAAGGGGGUUGCGCCAACUCCAAAAUGGGGCAACACCUUCACAGAAGGUUGGGGUUAGGGAAUGGGUUAGGUAAGGGGCUCGCUAUAUCUUUGCUGGCGAUUUGGAGCUCCCGCCCCUUUUUGGAGCAAUGCCUGCAGCUACAACCUUCUCGACAGACUAGCAUUGACUGGUGUACUCGUCUGGUUGACACCUUUGAUGAAACGAUGUGGCUGUCGAACUUCAGAAUACGCUUAAUCUAUUAAUAAUAUUCUCUGCUAGACCUACACUCCGCUACCACACUGCUUAUUUCUGUCACCACUGCCAGCAUGUUUCCUGCAACAAUGUGUGACAUAUAACAUGUCUUUACGUAGCAUGAAAAAGUGACAUACGGCAAAAAGCCACUUGAGAUCUGAUGAGAGUGGUCAGACUGAAUCGGAAUUCCAGAAAUUUGAUUUGAAUAGGAUUUCAAACCACAUAUGAACGUAGCUGGAAACAGAUUCGUAAAAAUCAUAUUUCAUGUGAUUUGUUUUGCCGUUCAAACUGGCUAAAUUUGAUCAGAUUCCAAUCAGACGUGUACAAAAAUCAGAUUUGGACUGACAGCUUGAACAUAGCCAAACAGUUGCUGGGUUUCCAUCCAAAAUGUUUCACAUUUUUUAAGCACAUUUCUAAAAAUUCGACUUAAGAAAAUCUGAAUUGUUGCACGUUUCCAUCCACUACGUAAUGCGCAUUAUCACGAGGGAGCCGCCUCGUCAUGAUGCAGCAGCUAAAUGAUCUCUCCCUGCUUUGGGGACAGUUUUAUUUGCAAGAUUGGAGCAAGUAUCUCAAUUUAUUAAAUGCAUCCACGAGACAUCGCAGAAUUAGUGUAAUAUCUGAUAUAAUGUGGGCUGAAAUAGCUGCGAUGCCCACACACCUCCGGUCUUCGCAUACCUGAGAGAGCCCAGUCUCAAAACUGUUCUGGCGGACUGUGAGGACCCACUUUAUCGACCAGCUGUGGUUAAAACACAUCAGAAUGAAGAGCGCUAUGUUCAAAGAAUUGAGUGCCAAGGUCGGACCUUUCGGUGGGCUAGUCACAUCAAGCUAACGUACACUCAUAACACAUGCAUGAAUGGUCAAAACACGUCAUCGUUUUGCGAAUAAGCCAUUAAUGUGCAUUUUAACUAAUGUGAAACUCUAGAAAAUCCACCUCCUCCUAGCGCAUUAAAUUUUAAGCGAAUUUAGAAAGUGUAUUCGCAUAUCAAGUGUUUCCAGUCAGGAUUUCUUAUGCACAAUUUAAAAACUUAGUGUCUACACUGGACGCGAGCGUUGCGUUACGUCAAAUGUAAUAGAACCCCAUCAUAAUCAAUGAUGCUGUCUACAUUGGAAGUGUCCGUUGCGGCCCGUCCGUCUUGCCGACAUUAAACGGGUGUCCCGUUCCAUUUUGCGCUGCACGUGCUGGCACUACUACACAAAUUAAAUGGUUUAGAAUGUUUGUGUCGAUGCGUCCAGUGUAGACAGCCUCAAGUCAGCGUGUUGCGUUGCGUUGCGUCAAUGAAUGAGCCUGGUGUAGACAAGGUGUUAGUUCACAGUCUUGUGCAUUUUGCCUUUUUGUCCGAUUUUUUAAUAAUUUUUUGCUUCAAAUUAAAAUUUGUAAUGUUAUAGUUCACCUGAAAGCUGGUUGGUUUGGUGGAGGAUUUUAUGUAAUAUCUAAGGAUAAAAUGGAUGGGAUAUGAAAAAGUGGGCGGAUACUGUUGUGCUUAAUUCUGUUUGGUUAUGCUAGUAGCACAGAAAUUAUAUACUUAUAUACUAACUUUAAAAUCCAAGAUUACAAUAAGUUUUAAACUAAGAUGAUUCAUGAUUAAAAUAGUGAUACAUUUAGUGAUCAAGGUUAAGGUGUAUGUAGGUGGCAGAAAGGAGAUUUGAAUCAAUAUGCAGAUUGUUCUGAACCUUUAAGGAUGAAUAAGGAUUUAUGGAUGAAUCACACCCAUUAAAAAAGCCAAAAAAAAAAAAAAAGAAAAGAAAAAAGAUAAUCAUUGGCCUGCUUUCCUAAUCUGUGUAAUCUGGUUGCUACUUUAAUCCUUGUCUCCCUGCAAAUCUCAGCACAUUUGAAGAGACUGCUGGGCUUUGCUGUCGAGGCCCUGUCUUCCUGUCAUGUACCUUUGAGGAGCAAUAUGAUAUGUCUUGUAGGCAAUAUAAUGUCAUCAUUAUGGGCUUAUUUUUUUAAUGCUUCUAUAAAAAAAUAUUUUAGAGUGCAUAAUAAAUUUAAUGCAAUAAAGCCUUAUCCUUGCCACGAAAGUCUUUCACUGAAAAUGUAACAAAAAGGACCAGUGGCUUUUAAAAUAAAACCAUUUUUCUUUUUUUUUCUUUGUUUGCUUUUAUGUAGAUAAUUGAUUGUAUAGGAAUUAAUAGUGCCCUCUACUUUUUUUUGUUUUUGUUUUUUUUGUUGUUGAUGUCUUCUCAUUCUGUAGUAAAGGGCACAGUGUGAUCUGUCAGAAUUAGACUGUUCUCACUAUGCCGAGAAAAGCUGAGAUCUUGAAUAGAGACCAAAAUAAAUCUUAAAUGCACUUCUAUGAAAAGAUAAGAUGGAAAAGAGAGAAAAGUGUGAUGCUUUUAAUUGCACUAAUUUGUAUUCAUGAACAUUUCAAAAUAAAAGACCUUGCAAAUUCGUCAA